AUGGAGGAGAGGCGGCUGAACCUGCCUUCGAACUGGGCCCUUCGGAGAGGCCUGCCUGGGCUGGGUAUAGCAACCUGUGACAAAGGCAAGCCCUACGUCUUCGACCGCGUCUUCCCCCCCAACACCACCCAGGAGCAGGUGUACCAUGCCUGUGCCAUGCAGAUCGUCAAGGAUGUGCUGGCUGGGUACAACGGCACCAUCUUCGCCUACGGGCAGACGUCGUCGGGGAAGACCCACACCAUGGAGGGGAAGCUGCACGACCCCCAGCUGAUGGGCAUCAUCCCGCGCAUCGCUCGCGACAUCUUCAACCACAUCUAUGCCAUGGACGAGAACCUGGAGUUCCACAUCAAGGUUUCUUACUUUGAAAUUUACCUGGACAAAAUCCGGGACCUGCUGGAUGUGACCAAGACCAACCUGUCGGUGCAUGAGGACAAGAACCGGGUACCCUACGUCAAGGGCUGCACCGAGCGCUUUGUUUCCAGCCCGGAGGAGAUCCUGGACGUGAUCGACGAGGGCAAAUCCAACCGCCACGUGGCUGUCACCAACAUGAACGAGCACAGCUCCCGCAGCCACAGUAUCUUCCUCAUCAACAUCAAGCAGGAGAACAUGGAGACGGAGCAGAAGCUGAGCGGGAAACUCUACCUGGUGGACCUGGCUGGCAGCGAGAAGGUCAGCAAGACGGGGGCCGAAGGGGCCGUGCUGGACGAGGCCAAGAACAUCAACAAGUCGCUGUCGGCCCUGGGCAACGUCAUCUCAGCCUUGGCCGAGGGGACGAAGAGCUACGUGCCCUACCGGGACAGCAAGAUGACGCGGAUCCUGCAGGACUCGCUGGGCGGGAACUGCCGCACGACCAUGUUCAUCUGCUGCUCGCCUUCCAGCUACAACGACGCCGAGACCAAGUCCACCCUCAUGUUUGGCCAACGGGCCAAGACCAUCAAGAACACAGCGUCGGUGAACCUGGAGCUGACGGCCGAGCAGUGGAAGAAGAAGUAUGAGAAGGAGAAGGAGAAGAACAAGACGCUGAAGGAGACGAUCGGGAAGCUGGAGGCUGAGCUGAGCCGCUGGAGGAACGGUGAGGCCGGGCUGGGGGACCCAGGCGUCUGGGUGGGGACGGGGGAGCUCACCCAGCCGCUGGAGGAACGGGCGCACACACUGCAGGCUUACCAAGACACACACCCCUUCCCGAACCUGCCAGCCAGUACAGGCCAGAGAGCCCCCCCGCCUGACACCUCAUGUUCCCAGGGGUGCCGCGCAGCAGCUCGGGGGGGUGCCCGUGGGGCGGGUGGCUCUGACCCUCCCCCCGUCUCCUUCCCGCCCCCCCCCACGGACGACGAGAUCAACCAGCAGAGCCAGCUGAUGGAGAAGCUCUCGCAGCAGAUGCUGGAGCAGGAGGAGCUGCUGGUGUCGACGCGCGGGGACAACGAGAAGGUGCAGCGGGAGCUGGGCCGGCUGCAGGCGGAGAACGACUCGGCCAAGGAGGAGGUGCGCGAGGUGCUGCAGGCGCUGGAAGAGCUGGCCCUCAACUACGACCAGAAGGCGCAGGAGGCGGAGGAGAAGGGGCAGGAGAACCAGCUGCUGGUGGACGAGCUGUCCCAGAAAGUGCCACAGCACGAGGCCAAGAUCCGGUCCCUGAGCGAGUACAUGCACAGCGUCGAGCUGAAGAAGCGGCACCUGGAGGAGUCGUACGACACGCUGAGCGAGGAGCUGGCCAAGCUGCAGGCCCAAGAGACCGUGCACGAGGCGUCCCGGAAGGACCAGGAGCAGGACCCGAUCCAGGAUGCCGACGAGGUCAAGAGGGCCCUGGAGCUGCAGCUGGAGGGGCACCGGGAAGCCCACCACAAGCAGCUGGCCCGGCUGCGGGACGAGAUCAACGAGAAGCAGAAGGUCAUCGACGAGCUGAAGGACCUGAACCAGAAGCUGCAGCUGGAGCUGGAGCAGCUCCGGGCCGACUACGAGAAACUCAAGAACGAGGAGCAGGAGAAAACCAUCAAACUGCAGGAGCUGACAUUUCUGUACGAGCGCCACGAGCAGUCGAAGCAGGAUCUCAAGGGGCUGGAAGAGACUGUCGCCCGGGAACUCCAGACCCUCCACAACCUGCGCAAGCUUUUUGUUCAAGACGUCACGACUCGAGUCAAGAAAAGCGCAGAGAUGGAACCCGAGGACAGUGGGGGGGCCCAUUCUCAGAAGCAGAAGAUUUCCUUUCUUGAGAACAACCUGGAGCAGCUUACAAAGGUUCACAAACAGCUGGAUCUCUGGGUCUCCAAGCUGGUUCGUGACAAUGCAGAUCUGCGCUGUGAGCUUCCAAAGCUGGAGAAGCGGCUUCGGGCUACGGCUGAGAGAGUUAAGGCCCUGGAGGGUGCACUGAGGGAGGCCAAGGAGGGGGCCAUGAAGGACAAGCGGCGCUACCAGCAGGAGGUGGACCGCAUCAAGGAGGCCGUGCGCUACAAGAACUCCAGCAAGCGCGCCCACUCGGCGCAGAUCGCCAAGCCGGUGCGGCCGGGGCACUACCCGGCCUCGCCCACCAACCCCUACGGCGCCCGCAACGCCGACUGCGUCAGCUACACCAACAGCCUCUUCCAGAACUACCAGGCAGCCUACGGGCAGGGCUCCGCCCCAGACGCCUAUUUUGCCAACUCCUCGUCCAGCAGCGGCACGGGCUCCUCCAGCGGCCCCCUGGCGCCUUACCAGAAGCUGAGCGUGGAUAACGGGAACGCCACAGACAUCAACGAUAACAGAAGUGAGCUGCCCUGCAGCUGCCAGGCUGACGAACAAGCUAAGCUGUUCCCCCUCCACCAGGAGACAGCAGCCAGCUAAUAGCGCAGAUGUUUCUAACCGGGCUGGAGGCCUCUGUUCAGCAUGCUGCUCUCUGACUUCCCGGGGCCUCUCUACUAACCCCCGUCUGUCCGUCCGCGCGUCUGCCUGUCCUGCUCUCUCGUCUCCUGUGUCGUUCCCCAGCUGCUGCGCUCGCUGUCUCGCGCUCUCUCUGUCCUUGCAAGCUCCUUGAGGUCACAGCUUGCCCGUCGGGUCCGGGCCCGGCCUGCCUGGGGCUGGCGCUCGGGCCCGGCCCGACCCACCUUGAUUUUAAAAUGCCUUAAGCAGCCGUCACGAGGAAUGUCCGGCAUCGAACCCAGGCCAAGCCCCUCUGCACCCCGCGGAGAGGGGGGUAUUAGCCAUUUCACCCCACACCCCCUCAUCCGCCUCCCAGCCCUGGGCUCCCAGAGCCCGUGGCAUCCCCCAGGCGCUGCCCUUCCCCCUGCUAGAUCGGAACCUGCUAAGGCGGAGGUGUCCCCGGCCGGGGGCGCCCUAUGUGUAACCAGCAGCAGGGCCGCCUUGCCAGGCCCUGGGAGCCUGCUUCUCAUCUCAAGGGGGGAGCGGCCCCCUGGUUCCCAGCCUGCCGUCCCACUGGGGUGGAAGGGGCCCUGCAGCGCAGGCAGGUCAGUGCCUCGGGCUCUCCCCUCUGUCCCCCCCAAGCUCCCCCAGCUGCCAGCACUGCCCCAGCCCUGCCUGGCAUCUGGACUUGGGGCUGCAGCGGCUGCCGAGUGGCCGUCUGUCCCUUCCACCCAUAGCCAUGCUGGGGAGACAGCUGCUCGCCCCAGGCUGAGUGCCCGCCUUGCCCAGCGUCAGACUAACCCCUGGAGAGCCCGUGACCGCAGCACAACCAGUGGACGGUCGGCUCAGCAGAGAUGCUGGGGAGCUCCAGCUCUCGUGCCCAGAGGGGGGUUGCUCCUGGGCAGGGCAGAGGUACCUGUGCUGGCGCUCGGGGCUGCACUCUGCAUCCUGCCCCCAGGAUGAGUCCCACCCCCAUGGCGCUGUCUGAGCUGGGCCCCUUCCUGCUCCUGGAACCUGCCUACUCCUUAGCCUCGCUCCCCAGGCUACUGAUCCCGGGGGUGUGUGUGCCCUGAUCGUCUCCUCUGGGUGCCUUCCAGCUCAAGGUGGGCUCCCCUCAGAGCUAGCAGGUAGGGGGGUUUUGGGGGCAGAGGCGCUGUGCUAGAAAAUAGGGGGACACUGCCACGGUUGUGAAAUCUGCCUGGGGGCUUUGCCCCUCCCCCCCAAUGCCCAUUAAACAGCUUAGCCUAUGGGGGCCGGGCAUCCUGCACGCCGCUGUUCUGGACAAACCGAAGCUGCUAAACCCACCUCGGUGUCUUUUUUUUCCUGGGCCGGCGGGCGGCCGCCUCUAGCUUGCGUGUGUGUGUGUCCCCUCUUCUCCCCUCGCCACGGCCACUACGCCCAGAGCAGAGCAGGCCGGGGGGACCCUCGGCCCAACGUCGGGGUCACUCUGCCCCGCUCCUGCAAGGUGGGAACACGCAGGCCCCGCCCACUCCCCCUCUGCUCACAUCACACCAAAAUGUUGCAUGUUGGAGUAAAAAGUGUUUAUUUAAGAAAAUCAAUAAAGAGAUGAGAAUGAG